AAAAUAAAAAAAUAAAAAAUGUCAAUGUGUUGAAGUGCAUUCGACUACACAGCCACACGAGUUCCCGAAGUUUUUGUCUCAUUGAGAGAGUGGGUAUACUGAGUCACUGGCCAUGAAAUUGGAAUGUGGAAUUUGGAACUUGGAACUUGGCCACAGAAUCGAAUGGCAAGAAGAUUGAAGAAAUAGCAAAAUCCAAGCACAAGCUAAAGGCUACAGCUUGAUUCUUGAGUUCCCACUUCCUAGGCAGCCCAUAAAUGGGGAGUAAUUUCUUAAGGAAGUACUACUACUGCCACCUCCAAACAUACGAGACAAGGUUGUUGGUCACCCAUGUUGGAAAUUUCACUGCCCAAGCUAAAUCCCUUGCAACCCAUCAACAGUGGCGUGCUUAUGCUCGAUUUCCUAGUCAGCUUAGCAAAACCAGAGUUCCCAACACCCUGUCUCCACCUUCACGUUCAUUUUCAUCGUCUUCCUCUUCAAAGUCUGGAUUUCUGGGAUGGUAUUUGGGCAACCUUCAAUCUCGCCCACUUAUCACAAAAUGCAUCACAUCUUCGCUUAUUUAUGUAGCUUCAGACUUGACUUCUCAGAUGAUUACGCUACCACCUUCUGGUUCUUUUGACACAACAAGGACAUUCCGCAUGGCUGCUUAUGGGUUGGUAAUCUUAGGGCCAAGUCAGCAUUUUUGGUUUAAUUCUCUCUCAAAGAUUUUACCAAAACGGGAUGUACUUACAACCUUGAAGAAAACUUCUAUGGGGCAGACUAUUUAUGGACCGAUUAUCACUACCAUUUUCUUCUCCUAUAAUGCAGGUUUGCAAGGUGAAAAUAGCCACGAAAUUUUUGCAAGAUUGAAGCGUGACCUGCUCCCAACAUUCAAAAGUGGUGUUAUGUUCUGGCCGAUCUGCGAUUUUGUUACAUUCAAAUUUAUACCUGUUCAUCUACAGCCAUUGGUGAACAGUUCAUGUUCAUAUGUAUGGACCAUUUAUUUGACAUACAUGGCAAGCUUGAAGAAAGUGAGCACCACUUAAUUUUGGGGUCUUGACUUAUACUCUAAUUAUGUAGAUUUGUGCUCGUUAACUGGAAAUCAUUUUUAAAAGGUUGGUAACCAUUGCUGUUAUUGUUUAAAUGCUUUUAGCAGUAGGGAAUUGCGUUUUGGGUUAUUGUCCAAACUUUUAUAUGCAUAAUUCUUUAUAUUGAGCCUUUUAGAUGAACAAAAUUGUGCCAUAUGUUAUGAAUUCUUCUAUGAUUACGGUUCAUGUUCAUACGUAUGGACCAUUUAUUUGACAUACAUGGUGAGCUUGAA